AUGCCCGGAGCCCCAUUAUCGACGCUCAGCUCAGCGCUGCUGCCCGCCGACGCACCCGAUCACGACACCGACUGGCCGACGAUCUCUUCAGGACUUGCAGCACUGCGUCUGCGCGCGAACGCGGAGCUCACGGAGCUGACGGCGGCGCUGGAAUCGCUUGAGUCCCCUGCCGGUAUCUGUACACUUGGAGAGCAUGACGACGUUUUAGCGAUUUGCACCGAUCUCAAGGCAGUGCAACCCCGACUUUGCGCCAUCGAGCAACAUUUCCUACAGUUGAAGAGCAUCAUCCAGCCACGUGUUGACACGCUCGAGACGCUCCAGAGCCGAGCCACAUAUCUAAAGACGGCCGUGCAGAUCGAGGCAUUGAGCCAACAAGUUGAAGCCAACGCCGUUCACGGGACGCCGGAGGCGCUGGCGGAUUUCCAGCGCUUUGCCGAUCUUGUGGCGGCCGUUCCACUGGAGUUUCCCGCACUUCGAAGAAAAGCACUUUGUCGAGUGGACGAGCUGUCGCUGAGUCUUCGUCGUUUUGCUAUGGAUAAGCUCAAAAUGGCUUUGGACAUGAUCAAGUGGCCCGAACCAUUGGCGACUCCGGACGAGCUGAAGGACAAGGAAGCUGAGCUGCGAAACGUGUCAAAUACGUUUGCGUUCUUGUUGACGUUGCAAGUUGGUCAGGAGUCUACGUCGCCAACGACGACGGAUCUGUGGGCAAUGGAUUGUGUGCUGGAACCGCUGUUGCUGCGUUUUCGCUACCACUUUGAACGAAAUGAGAGUCUGACUAAUCAGUUGGCGAAGCCUGAGUGGUAUUUGAGCCACAUGCAGGAGCAAAUCGGAGUGCACACGCGGUUCCUGGCACAAGUGCUCACUCCAGAGCUGCAUCGCUACCGCACCGAAAUCCACUGCUGGGAUGCCCAGAUUCUGAUGUUGCGCGGACUCAUUCGAGCUGCCAGUCGAAAGCUUGCGCACGACUUGCCGACGCUGUUGACGCAUCCGCCACUUCUGUGCCAUACGUUGGACGAGGUCCUCCUCUUCGAAUACGCCAUCGACGAAGACAUUGGCUACGGUUCCUGGGCCAGCACAGAUCGUGGAGCAUAUCCGCGCUGUAUUGAUGUGUUCACGUCGCACAAUGGUGUGCUAUUCGCCUGGACAAAUGUCGAUGUUGAGUAUGCACAGCGUGUGCUUUCGUUGGUUUUUGAGGCCGAAUCCUCUGGUAGCGAGCUCGAGCUUGACGCCUGUCAUGGAAAACAAGAUUCGGUCUGGCGCUUGGAAGAGGAGGUGUACAGACGCGCGAAUGGUACCGUGUCUGAGCACGAGGAGACAAUGCUUGUUCCUCCAGUUGCGCAUCAGUUUGUGGCUUUACUCGAUUUUCUAUCCCAGCGAUUCACGCUCAUGGAGGCGGAAGAGCACCGUUACUUGUACGUAAUGCAGGUGCACCUCCCGCUUUUGCAUCGAUUUGGACAGCUUUGUGAGGCUCGCGGAUGCCGAUUGAUGAGCGCCCUGACCCAGAAGACCACGGACGCGAACACCCUGUACAUAUGGGGGGAGCUGUUUGUAGUGGUUAACGCAUUGCAGUGCGUAAAGCACGCGUUGGCGGCAUGGGAGCAGAGCAAUGUGUUCCUGGAGCUUUCGAGGAAGGUCGCGCGGUCAGAAACAACGCGAGCUCAAGUGCUUCGAAUGCACGUAGCCUACUCGAAGCAGGUUUUUGCGCGCGCCACAGCCAGUGUUCUUGCUACUCAAGAAGCGACAGCAGUUCGUCAAGCGCUUGCUGGACCAGGAGCUAUGAUCGGGCCCACCGCUGCUUUCUCCGCGGCAUAUUCGGUCGGAUCCAAGACAAUGAAAAGCCUGUUCCGCCGUGCAGAGAUUGAUGCAAACGUUGAGGAAGAUGAUGGUCAAGCGUUACGAGAGAGUGAAGCCUUGUCGGGUGGUACUGCCGCGACCGCCAAGAUAAUAGCGAGCUACGACAGUCCAGCAAACGAGUUGGAGGAAGUGCAAGAUGAGACGCUUCUGUUCUCGCAUACAAUUUUUGAACGGCAGAUCUCGCAGCUCACAUCGGUGAUAACGAUGCUGCUGGACGGUGGCAAGGACAUACUACUGCACACAGCGGAGCGUGACGUGGAAAUGUACCGCGCAAGCUCUUUUUGGAAUGACACAGAGGGCGAUGGCGUAAACAAAGACCGUCUGUCCAGCACGCAAACUGUCUCUUCCGAGUUGGCGUGCUCUUACACGCUCAUCAGCAACGUGCUGUCCUGCGCGCGUAAGCUGCUUCUUCCCGAGUGCCGGUCCAUUCUGUGGGAGUCUCUAGCGUCGGCCCUAGAUUGUGCUUUGUUCGAUGCGUUCUACAAUCCUGUCUCGACGGUGGAGGUUACGCAACUGAGCAGUACAGGGAUGCGUCAGUUUACGGAGGACAUUGAGUCCCUCGUAGCCAUAUUUGCAGCAGGAUCGACGAAACCGCUGCCUCGGUCCUACUUCCGACUCACUCAGGCUGUAUGCAACCUUUUGAACAUGCCUGCAGCACGACGACGUGAUGUUUGCAAGGCUCUCGACGAUGCGUCGAUUGCGUUCGGAAGCGAAAGUGGAGAUGAUUUUGUACAGUACUCGACGAUUCUGGAGGCGUGCGGUAUUUUCUCGCUGUCGCCAGCUCAAGUUGUGUGGAUCUGUGCCUCGCGGCUGGACUAUUGUCGUCAAGAGAGACCGAGACAUGGAAACCAGCAAUGA